AUGCGAUUUUGGUGGCCGGGUUGGGAGCCUCGAGAGCGCUCUCUAUCUAGCGACAGUGAGUGCUCUACGGACAGCCAUUCCAGUCUCGCCAGCGAUGCGUCUUUCUAUGACGCAUCGUCUGUCGCAGAGACUGAUUUGGGUGGCGAACUGCCCCCUCUCCCUGAUGACACGCAACCGGUCACUGGGGAAGAGGAGGGGCAGUCUGACUUAAAACUGUUCCCAGACAAUUCUACCACCGUCUUUUCACAGGCAAAGGGACGAAACUGCCUGGGAACGGUCGCCGUUGGACUAGGGCUGGGGGUACCAAAUUUUACCCCCGAUAUCACCACUGAGUUGCCCGGCAAUGCGCCCUGCGCGGGUGAACGCGCGCCAUCGCCUCGCGGCGGUGACGCGGAUCUAUGCACCGAAACUUUGGGCACGUGUUGUGAACACGCAUCGCCCAGUGCCAGCCAAGUUUUCGCGCGCGCAGAGGUCUCUGUCGCGCGCAAGGCCCCCCGGUCUCAGGCCCCGAUUCUGGGUGCCAUCAUUGUCCGGGAAGAGGCCCGGCGAUCCCCCGUUGGUACCAGCGAAGGUACCUUCGACAAUAUACUUGGUUUAAGUAUAGGGGUUGCCGCAAUUCAAGAAAACAUUCAAGACAACGCUCAAGACUCGUCGGGCCAAGAUGGCAUCGUCUCCGCCGGCCUUACAGAGACCACGAGUGCGCCUCCCGCUUCCUCCGCGCGCGUUUGGCUACAACAGUGCCCCCGCGUGCAUGCUUUCCCGCCGCAUCCCCUCAAGACUCCAGAGCGUUUGUUGGCAUACCCGGCAGGGCGGGCGUCACGCUGCCCGAUUGGGUAUCGCUUCAAGGCAUCUAAGAUCUCCAGAGCGACGGCUCCCCGGGUGCUUGCAGGCAGCUCCCGGGUCCGAACACAUGUACUAAGGCUACUGAGCCCCAUACGAGCGCCCUCUUAG